AGUAUUUGAAAAUGAAGUCCACAGUCACUGGUUAAUUGAGAUAAGCUAAAAAAAUUUUAACUUUAUCUGACAAUGUUUGGUGCGGGUUCAGUUGACUCUGCUCGGUCGACCUCAGCGGUUCGUUUGGUAUUUUGAGUGCUCAUAGCUCGAUUUUGACCAUUAAAAAUGGAUUUGAUACCAAGCAAGGUGGUGCAGCAAAAACUCUUGGAAAUUGCUGAAAAUAUUCUAGGCACCAAAAAGCUCAGCAGUCAUGUUGAAAAAGGCACAGUGAAAGGUGAUAACUAUAUAGGAAUUGUCUAUAGAGCUCGAUUCCAUGUUGAUUGUAACAACAAUAAGGAUAAAACUUGUGCUGAGGACAACUGCAGGAAGCUCAAUGUAAUUAUAAAAGUUCCUCCAGAGAAUAAAAUUCGUCGGGAUAAAUUUUUUGCAAGACCUACUUUCCUUCGUGAAUCUUUGGUGUAUGAUGAAAUUCUUCCGUUGUUUAUGCAGUUUCAGGAGAGUAAAGGAAUAAUACCAAGCGAGAAUGGUUUUCACGAGAUCGCACCUUCAUACGGAACGAUAACUGAAGAAUACCAUGAAGCUAUUUUUCUCAAGGAUCUGGCAGAUGAUGGCUUCGAAAUGUACAACAGACAUAAUUACAUCCCAGUUGAUCACGCGCAUUUAGUAAUGAAAAUUCUGGGAAAAUUACAUGCAAUUUCCUACGCAAUGAAGGAUCAAUGUCCAGAAAAAUUUGAAAAAUACAAACAACUUGAAGAUAUCUUCAAAAUGCGUGAGAAUGAGGAGGAAUUAAGUGGAUAUAUGACAUUGAUGAAGGACCGCGCAGUUGCAGUUUUGGAUCCGGAAAAACACCAAACCCAAAUAAAUGCAAUAAAUAAAAUGUUUGAAAAGGAGAAUUUAAUGCAGAUGAGUAUCCGCAUCACUAAUGGACAUUUGGAGGAACCUUAUGCAAUUAUUUCCCAUGGAGACUGCUGGAAUAAUAAUAUUCUGUACAGAUAUGAGAAUGGAAAAUUGGCGGAUGCUCGACUUAUUGAUUGGCAAAUAUGCCGAUAUAGUACGCCAGUCUGUGAUCUGAUGUAUUUCUUAUUCCUGGCUACGUCGAGUGAGAUGCGAAAGAAACAUUACCAAAGCUUCCUUGAUACAUACUACGACAGUGUGUCUUCAUUCAUUACAAGGCUAGGAUCCAACCCAGAUGAACUCUUUCCACGUAAAGCUUUCGAUGAGCAAUUGAAAAAGAACGGAAAAUUCGGUUUCUUAAUGGGUUGCAUGUUGAUACCGAUUCUAACAACACAUUCCGAAGAUAUACCGGAUUUAGAUGAGAUGUCGGAAAAACUGGCGAAUAAAGACAUCGAUCCAAGUGCAUUUCAAUCGGAAAGAUCGGAUGGAGCUUAUAAGGAACGAAUGACUGGAAUUGUUUUUGAUAUGUUUGAUUUAGGAUAUUUUGGAUAACGUUUGUGUAUUUUAGUCAUUAGGGCAAUUUCAUGGUAUUACAAUGUAUGUUAAAUUGUUAUGAUAAAAUAUGUAUGAUUUU